GUUGUUCGCGGGCUGGACCACCGUUCGCACGCGCGGCUCUUUCAUAUCGUCGAUCCGUGUGCAACAAGUGUGAGAUAAAGAAGCUUCGCCACAAGAAUAUACGAAUAUAAACAAAUAAAUAAUCCUUUCGAAAUAGACCGAUAAACUUUUCAUUGUUCAAUUUAGCGUAAAUCAUUUUGCGAGACAUAGUCCGAUAAAAUAAGAAAAAAACUAUUAUUUAUUUAAAUCGCGGGUGCGAGGACCGAUGCUUCUCGGCGCAUAAAAAGUGCGCGGGAUCGUACGUGAUUUUAUUCGCAAGCUGGGCGAUUGAUCGAAAAUCGGUUCGCUUCGAUGAGAAUAUUUGGUGCUUCUCCUAUACGCGGUGAUUAUUUCAUCCAAGAUCCCGCCUGAACCGCAGGCGCAGCAAAGCCCUGUAACAGCGAGGAAUUACGUCGGGGGGCGGAACGGGCAAAAACGCGUACCACUGGGCUGAGCCGUCAGUUGGCGGGGGUUAUGCUUCCGAGGCUGCUGGUUCCUAUACGCUUGCCUUCAAGACGUAAGAUAUAUUAAGUACCGAAGCGUAGACGCCUGGAAUUUGCCGAUAUCUGCAAAUCGACGUAGAGGAAGAAGGAAAAAAGGAAAAAGGAAAAUCGUAUAUAGAAAAGGGUGGACAAGAAAUGACGGAAACGACGAGAGAUCCCGAGCUCGCCGAAGCUGAGAAUAUCGAAGAAGUCAGAGCUGCGUUGAAUUUAAUGUGCGCCUCACCGACACCCAAACAAAAUGAACUUCCCGAAAGAGGAUCGUGGAGCACCAAAUUGGAUUUCAUUCUGAGUGUGGUCGGUUUGGCCAUAGGUCUCGGUAACGUUUGGAGAUUCCCGUAUUUGUGUUACAAAAAUGGAGGCGGAGCGUUUCUCAUUCCAUAUUUCCUCGCGCUUAUAUUGGCCGGAAUACCCAUGUUUUUCAUGGAGCUUGCGCUUGGACAAAUGUUGACGAUUGGUGGUCUCGGUGUAUUCAAAAUAGCACCGCUCUUCAAGGGUAUCGGUUACGCAGCGGCCGUAAUGUCCUGCUGGAUGAACGUCUACUAUAUCGUUAUUCUCGCCUGGGCUAUUUUUUAUUUCUUCGUUUCCAUGAGGAGUGGUACGUUCCGAUUAGCGAGUUCUUCCCCAGCAGCACUUUUGCCAUGGGGUAGCUGCAACAAUCCGUGGAAUACAAAAACUUGUGUAAAUCCGUAUGACAGGAGAUCUCUUCAGUGUUGGGAUCAAAUGACGCGUAAUCACAAUCUCGUUAAAAUGUGCUCGUUGAACCAACUGAACGUAUCGGCAUCGGAUCUUACGGAUCCUGUUAAAGAAUUUUGGGAACGACGAGCUCUUCAAAUUAGCGACGGUAUCGAGAGCGUUGGCUCGAUACGCUGGGAGCUCGCGGCUACUUUGCUCGUAGUUUGGAUAAUGUGUUACUUCUGCAUCUGGAAAGGUGUCAAAUGGACCGGCAAAGUCGUAUACUUUACAUCAUUAUUUCCCUAUGUACUCCUGACGAUUCUUCUCAUUCGCGGUAUUACCUUACCAGGAGCGAUGGAAGGAAUACGAUUCUACGUCAGUCCAAAUUUAUCCAAGCUCAAAGAGUCCGAGGUAUGGAUCGACGCUGUGACUCAAAUAUUCUUUUCGUAUGGUCUCGGUCUUGGGACCCUCGUCGCACUCGGUAGUUACAACAAAUUUAGUAACAACGUGUACAAGGAUGCCCUUAUCGUUUGCACGGUGAAUUCGUCGACGAGUAUGUUUGCCGGUUUCGUAAUAUUUUCCGUCGUUGGAUUUAUGGCCCACGAGCAACAGAAACCCGUCGCCGAAGUCGCCGCUUCCGGUCCGGGUCUCGCCUUCCUCGCUUAUCCAUCGGCUGUCCUCCAACUACCCGGUGCCCCAAUGUGGUCCUGUCUCUUCUUCUUCAUGCUCCUACUUAUCGGGCUCGACUCGCAAUUUUGCACUAUGGAAGGCUUCAUAACGGCCAUGGUGGACGAGUGGCCUCAUCUACUCCGGAGACGCAAGGAAAUAUUCAUCGCGAUCGUGUGCAUCCUCUCGUAUUUGGUUGGUUUAUCGUGCGUUUCCGAAGGAGGAAUGUACGUCUUCCAAAUACUAGAUUCCUACGCGGUUUCCGGUUUUUGUCUUCUCUUCCUCAUAUUCUUCGAAUGCGUAUCGAUAAGCUGGGCAUUUGGUGUUAACCGAUUUUACGAUGGCAUACGCGACAUGAUCGGCUAUUAUCCUAUCGUCUGGUGGAAAUUCUGUUGGUGUUUCACAACUCCGAUGAUAUGCAUUGGCGUUUUUUUCUUCAAUUUGGUCCAGUGGACGCCGGUCAAGUACUUGGAGUACGAGUAUCCCUGGUGGUCCCACGUAUUUGGCUGGUUCACGGCAUUAUCCUCGAUGCUUUGCAUACCCGGCUACAUGAUUUAUAUCUGGAUUACGACACCCGGCGACACGACUACGAAAUUCAAGUUACUCGUCAGAAUAGAUGAGGACGUCACGAGGUUGCGAACAAAAAUGGGUCUACCAGCGGUCGAACUUUCGCCUCUUUAGACCAAAAUUCUUUAAAGAGAAAAUUUUGGAAAAUCGUAAAUAACUAAAAAUAUAUUUCAUCCAAAUUCGAUUUCUCACAACAUUAUAUUCUUCCAUAAAUCUCUUUGCUCUGCGUUUUUCUUCGCUUGACGUUGGAAUUUUAAAGGAAAGGAAAACGAAAAUAAUCAAAUUUGACGUUUCAUUGGAAUUUAUCGAUGCGAAUAAAAAGAAAUAAUCGUUGAAAACGAGGACUUGUUCGGGAUUCCAGUAAUAUCAUUAUCAAAUACCAGUUGCAGCAGAGCAGGUCAACGCGGUACGUAGAAUAAAUAAUGAAAACUCUAAUACUUGUAUUCGCAAACGUUCUCGUUUGUUACAAAAACUUUCGAGUCAAGAUGGUUUUUUUUUUUUUCAUCUAUCGACGAUAAAGAACGAUGAAAAUUGCUUCGAAUCUCGAUGCGAUGUAUAGUUGCCCCUAGCUAGAAUACGAGAUCUGAAUUUCUCGAGGUCGAAGUCGAGGUCGUUUCAAAAGUAAAAUAUGAUAAAAAAAAAAAAUGGUGGCUCUUAUGUGGAAAGAGGAUAUUAUAUCGGGAAUAAAACGUAUAUAUCGUAUAUAUAUGCCGGGCUCUAUACGCGAAUACUUACUAGCCUUAGAAGACUAGUAUAUACCUCAAUAUACAUCCACAUAUAUAUAGUAUAUUUGUUUAUAUAUAUGUAUGUAGAUGUAUGUUUAUACAUAUGUAUAUAUGUAGGAGAAUCAAAUGUAGUUUGACGACUCGCUCCCUCCUCCCCCCCAAAGAAUGUUUUUUCUUUCUUUUUUUACAAUCGUGCAAAUUAGUAGCGCUUCGGGUUUGAGGGGAUGAGCGGCAUUUCUCGUUAUACAUCCGCAUUUGAAAUUAUAUAGAAGAUAUAUUUAUAUCUGCAAUAUCUCGGAGUAAGCCCUUACUCCUAAUUACCCGGCCCAAGCUCGCUCGGAACUCGGAACUACUAACGCCUGCUUGCUUAUCGAACCAUUUUUUAAGAGAAAAAUUUUUCAAUAACACACGCGAGUACUUUGAUAAUGGUGGUAUAUAUAUAUACGCGCGAUCAGCAGCGAUAUACGCACGCACGCGCGCACCAACGAAUAUAUAUAUAGGUUUCGAAGCAAGUAUUGAAAAAUUGACCGUCCUUAUACGGUCAAUGAGAGGUAGCGAGAACAAACAUAUAUAUGUGUAUUCACCAUAAUUGCAUACGCCUCCUUUAUCUUAUUAUGCCAUACGAAUAUGAAUUAGAUGUAUAUAUCAUUAUGAUUGCGUACCUCAUGUUGCACGGAGUCGAUGAUACGUUGGCUUUCUCUCAUCAAUUUAUUCUUUUAUUACUUUCUACGUUAAUAAUUCCUCUUUCGACCGAGUCUAUCUUUUUAUCUUACUCGUGUUUCGUCAAUUUCAAAAAAUUUUACUUUUCAAUUAUCCCUGUAUAAUCCAAGUUGUAACAUCGUUUGAAAUUAUUAGACGAGAACCUCAUCACUGUAUCUAUCAAAUGAAAUGAAUAAACACAUUGAUUGUUCAAAUAA